AUGAAGCAAAACAUCAAGAAACUCGAUGAGAAAGAUGACAAGAUUGAGAAUGAGUAUGGGCCAAAAAGCAAGGCAUACGGUGUAGCUGGUUAUGUCUACAUGACUUGGGCUGCAAAAAUGGCUACUGAAUUGGAUACUGAGGUCCCAUGGCUUAUGUGCAAGGAGGACGAUGCCCCAAAUCCUGUGGGAAUUACACAAAUUUGUUACAUGGUCAUAGUUUCUCAGCCUUUAAAUCUUACUUUGGUUGUUCCAGACCUGGAUAAGAGAUCCUUCUGGGCUAAUCCUAGUGCUUGA